AUGGCUUUUCAUAACCAAGCUAUUACUCUAGAGGGGCAUGUCAUUUUCCCUUCUUUGGGCAAUGACUACCCAUUUUACAAGAACAUCUGGGACAUCUAUCCAGAUCAACAGGCGAGAGCAUGGGACCUUGGCUCUUUCCGUCUCUCCGAUAUGAAAGCUGGCGGGAUUGCUUUCCAAAUUCUAUCCCAUCUCCCCGGUGUGGCCACGAACCGGCCAGACUUGUGCCGACGCGCAAAUGACGAGAUGACGAAGGCCACUCCACAAACUCCUGAUCGCUUUGCCGGCUUUGCUGCCCUCCCAAUGGGCGUUCCGGACGACGCGGUCGCGGAACUCCGGCGUGCCGUCAACGAAUUGGGGUUUGUGGGCGCGAUGGUCGACAAUCACCUGGAAGACAUGACGCACUAUGACGAUAGUCGUUUCUGGCCCAUUUUCUGA